UUUUUUUUUUUUUUCAUAAAUGUUAAGGUUUGUUUUGGUACAAGUGUUUCGGUUCAAGAUAAUAUAUAACAACUCGCUUUUAACCCACAUAUGCACGGUUCGUGCAUUAAAGCUUUCUCAUGUCUUCGCUUUCUCAACUGCCACAAGAGUCCAGCAUAUCACACGUUAUCUUCUUAACAUUUUCUAUCUAGUUCAUCCUUCUUCAUUAUUUUUACUUCCGUUGCCUGCUCCUUUGUUUCCUAUCUUAUCUAUCGCAUAGAUUUGCUUUUCUGUGACAUAUAUAGAUAAUAAUGGCAUGCCCCCGAAUUCUUACAUGAGGCGAAUUUGGGGAGUAAAGAAGCCGAAGUAUGUUUACAGCUGUCCAGCCACACAGGCGCACGCCACGCAGCUGUCAAUCUGCAUAGUUACAUGGAGUGAGGAGUUAUCUGAACGUGUUGCCUUCCCAGCCAAGCAUAGCUGGAGGGGAACUAACUUAAAAAGACGAUGUGAGGCGUAGAUCAAGGAAUUGCUCACAAUGAAUCUGCGGUUUUUCCUGGUGGUGGUGGUCCACCUGGUUGUAGCCGAGACACAGCUGGUGGUCAAUGUAAAGACCCAAGGUGGAGAGGUGUUCAAGGAGACAAUAACAGCAAACAUUUCCGAUGAUUCUGUUAUGUUAGAGUUUCCUCAGAAUGAUGGAACAUAUAUCACCCAGCUUAUUGACUUCAAACAGGAAUUGCAAAUCUUCAAGGUGAUUGUUCUUGGAGAAGAGGAGCUAGGACAGAGCCAGUUUCAGGUUAUGUGCUUCAUAAUGCGCUUCUUCAAGAACAACUUCAUAUCCUCUGAUGCAAUGUCCAAACUCAGGCAGAAAAACCCUGGUACAGUGCGUGUGCCAGAGGAGGACCGGGGGACAGAAGAGGUGGAGCUAGAUGUGAGUGUGGACGUUCCAAGGGCUGGCAUCCUUUCUCCUCACAUCCCUGUCCUUUGCAACAUGGCAGCUACCUCCACCUAUGCCUCAGACCGGGACAUCAAGCUGUGGGCCACACAGCGCAGAGAGUUGGAUGGUGACUGGUCUUUGGUGAGUGAUGUGACACGACACCUGCCGACCCGUGGUGUGGCGCGUUGUGGGGACAGUGGAAGGGACCUUGCCAGUGCCUGUGCUUGUCACUAUCAGGUGUGCAUUGCUUGGUAUCCUUGUGGUCUCAAGUAUUGCAAAGGGAGAGACAACUCUGGCAAGGCUGUAUCCUACCGUUGUGGAAUAAGAACUUGCCGCAGAUGUAGAAACUUCAGCUACUUUGUGCCACAGCGACAGUUGUGUCUGUGGGAUGACUGAUGCCCUUACUUUUUUUUUGCAUGUGGUGAUGUCUGUCUUAUAAAAGUCUUUCAGUUCAAAGCUAUUGUGAACAUCACAGAGCAGCUGUAACAAUAAUACUCUUAAGAAAUUUACAAUGGAUUUUGGAAAUUGACAUUGUAACUCAUAUGAAUUUGGUAGGGUUUGAGCAAGAAAGCAUUGCUAGCAAUUAUAAGAACAUUUUGAAGUUUCUUAUAGCUGCCUGCAUAUAGAAUGCUAAACUAGUAUGGCAAGGCCUGAUAGCUUUUUCUGCUCUUUUUUACCCUAAUAGCCUCUCAUGAUUGCUUUAUAUAAAAUUGACAGAUUUUCCCUGUAAGAUGGUCCUGUUGCUCCAUCUUUCUCCAACUCAAAAGAGGCAUGUGAUAAUCUGUCAUUUAAAUGAAGGUGUGAGUGUAUGAGGUCAGCAUUGAAGUCUUGCCAUUAUUCAGAUAUGCAUGUUAUUCAUAUUUCAAUUUGUGGUUGACUUCAGCCAUAAUCUAGGAACUUUAAUGAGGUACUGCUGAAAGUCAUCUGCCCAUGCUGCCGCAGACGUUUUUUAGUACAGUCAACUCUCGAUUAACAUGAAGGUUACAUUCCUGGAGACCGCGUUAUUUAAACAUAAAUUUCUGACAGAAAACAAUGGUAAUAGGGAGGGGGCAGGAUUAUGUUCCUGGCUAAUGGAAAAGUCUGCCUAUUUUGGGGAUUUUGCUACUCAAACCUUAAAAAAGCUAUUAAUACAUUAUAGGUCAUGGAAACAAUAAAAACACAUUCUUAUUUUAUUUUUAAGUUGUGUAUGUAAUGGCAUAAAGGACACAUCUUUUCCCAAAAUUUUGGCUCAAAAGAUCACCCUGAAUCUAAUAUGCAAAGUUGAAAUCUACCAUAGGCUAAUUUUUUCCCUGACACUCACUAACCUAGCUUACGAUCAGUACUACCUACCCUAACUGCAUGCAUCAUUAUUUUAUUGCUGGUACUAUCAUUACCAAUACAUAUUAUUACUCUAAAAACAAAUUAUACGUGACUGAAUGCCAUCUGGCAGUGAGGAGUAACCACAAGUUUAUGAUCAUAAUAAAGCACAUCAACACCUUCACCAUCAUGGCAGCAGGAGGAAAAAGAUCUAGCUACACAAUCUCCUACAAACUACAAGUGAUAAAUUUGUCACGUAGCAUGGCAAUAGAGCAGCAGUAAGGGCUUUUGGGUCACAAGCUACAGAGAAAUAUUAUGCAUGUCUGGCAACAGCAAGAAUACCCUCUGAAGAGUGCAAGGAAAGGUACUUAAGUAUAACCUUCAUUGCCCAGCCCCACAUUGGCCAGAGGAUGAAAUUGCUCUUGCAGCAAUGUUUUCUGCUUUUAUAAUGUGUUGCUAGAUUGCUUUCAUUAGUGUACUAUGCUUAAAUACACUAAAAACUUUUUUUUCCUGAAUUUGACCUGCUGAAAUGAGGGUGUGUCUUACAUGCCCAUGUGUCCUGUAUACUGUCAAAUACGGUACAUUACAUUUAUAAGUCACUAGAUAACACAACUAAAACAUGUCCUUACACUCGCCAUCACUUUGUUGAUGCAUCACUGGUCAUCAUCUGCUGAAUCUUCACCCCACUCUCCCUCGCUCGUGUCACCUACCUCACUCUUGUCUCCCUCUUCCUAUGGCUCCUCUUGCACAAUAUUCUUUUGGAAGAAUUUAUCUAAUGUGGUUUGUUUGAUCAUCUUUUUCUUUUGAUCUAACGUGAUUUAUAGCAGUUUAGUUCUGCCAUCACUUUUAGUGCCACUGUUGCACCUUUGUUUACAUUAGGAUCCUUGGCGGCCAGUAAAUCCAGUCCUUCCCUUAUUGAAACGAGUGCUUCCUGUAGAUAAUUGUUUUGUUAAAAUUCUCUCUGGCUCUGGGGUUUCUGAUGCAGACCAUGCUUUUGAUGUCUCUAAUUCUGCUGUUUCAAUCGUCUUCCUCUUUAACAAUUCGCGCGGGGUGCACGUGACGUCAUCAAGUUGAGUUAACUCAUGUUAAAUAGAAUAAAUCGCAUUAUUUAAUCGUAUCUCCUUAAAUAUCGUCGCCUUAAGUCAAAAUCGCGUUGCUCAAACUCACAUUAAUCGAGAGUUGAUUGUACUUCUAAACAUAACAAUGCACAAAUAAAUAUGCCUUUACACAGAAUUGUCUGAAUUGCUUUAGCUUCAUGCAUCAUACAGGUUUAAGAAACUAUGGUGUUAGCCAUACAUGUGUGCUAUAUUGCAUGAGGCACAAGCUUUCAAUAUUUCUUAUACCAAGCUGACAUGUUCCACAAAGGGGAAUAGCUGAUAAAUGUUUUGUUAAGCAAUAGUUUAUCAUUACAAUUGCAGUUAAAAAUUAGGAAGCAUGGAUGCCUUAUUGCUCCAAUCCCUCCUUAGAACCCCCCAAAGUGGAGCCUUAGAAUGGCUACUACUUCCUUGUCAGAGACCCAUCUCUGGUGAUAGUAUCUGGCAUGGAUGCAUACAUUCCUCUUUUAACCUAAUCCUUCCUAACUUUGGUUUAACACAGCCUGUGUUCAUGCUGUAGAUCAUAGAGAGGUGGCCCACAAAAAGUACUUGAGCCUUCUAUUACUUGAAUCUCAUGCACUUUGUAUUUCAUCCUGAAAUCAUGCUAAGUCUAUUCUCCAACUUACCAAAAUCUCCUUCUUUAAUACAAUGUGUCAUAAUCUGAUGACAUCCAACUCCCUUUUGAGUCUUCUGGCACCUAAUCAAAAACAUCUGUAAUAAUUUUGCUUCUUAAUCUUACCCUCCUUUAUUUCUUCCUGAUGGCACCACUCCCAUUUUAAUUUGAAAUGAAAUAGUUCUUAAAGAUUCCAUGGUAGUUUUCAAAAGACCCAUAAAAAAUUAAUUUUGGGAUGAUGUGUGAGUGUCAUUUGUGCAAGGAUUUAAAGUUCAUAAAAUGAUUUGCUUCUACCAGAUUUCAAUCGUUAAUGGAAGCAUGUGGUGGUGUUGGAAGCUAGUACCUCAGCAGGAGAGUAUGUAUUGAGUUGAUAAGUUGAUUGAAAGUCUUCUGUUUAAGGUGAAAUUGUUCAUUUUUUGCAGUUAAAUUGAAGAAUAUUCAAGUUAUUUUUGUAUUUUGAUACUUUUGCAGAUGGAAUAAGCUUUGUAUAUAUUUAUAUUUUAUGCUAUACGUAAUGUGUUGAUUUGGUAUACAAAUAUUGACAUUUUUAUAUGCUAUCCAUAUUUAUUAAGUGAAGCAACUUUGGUAAUAAUUGUGUAUAAAUCAAUAAACAUCAGUUAUGAGAUGA